AUGCGGCUUUACGACACGCUCGCUGUGGGUGCUGGUAACGGAGGAGAUGGGCCGGAGAGAGUGAGUCUCGGUAAUGCUCCUACAGCGGGUGUUUUGGUUGAACAGGGCUGCGGCGACGCCGCUGAGGCGGCCGCGUCGACGACGACGACGGCUGUGACGCCGACGGACGAGUGGCUGGAGCAGGAGGUGGCCGCCGGAUUCCGCGUCUGGCAGAUCAUCUUCAUGGCCAUCGCGGGCGUCCUCGCGUGCGUGGUGAUGCUGUGCUGCUGCAUCCGGUUUCGGAUCCCGCGCACCAAGCAGGAGAUCGAGGCGGACUACGUGCGGAAGAAGCUCACCCGCGAGUUCCAGAAGAAGCUGCACGUCAUCCACAACACCGAGAUGGACAACAUGGAUCUCAGACGCGCACUGGAACGGGUGCAGGCCGAGUGCCGCUCCGAGUGUGACAGCCCCGCCUCAUGCAGCUCCGGCCGCAGCCCACCGCCGCCACCCUUCGAAGGACUCGGCCGCAGGCACAGGAGCGUCGAUACGGGCGCAUCCGGCUCUGACUACCCACAACAGAAUUCCUGAGUCAUCGCAGCCAUGCAGCCCGGCAACGACUCGACAACAAGCGUGUUUCCAGUCUUCACUGUACAUAUGUAUAUAUAAAUCUUUUUGUAUUACACUUUCUUAUAAACUCCGAUAAGCACUAUUCGAGGAACAGCCACUACAUACUGUGCCAUCCUCAGGUUCUCCAAGGUAUGUUGUUACAAAUUAAAACUGAAGAGUGAAGUCAUGUAUCUUUACAGUACUGGACAUUGACAUUGGUCAUAAUGGAAAAGUGAUGUUCGUAGCGAUCAAAAGAGCAAUUACGUUGCAGCUGAGGGUAUCAGUCAAUGCAAAUUCCUAUGCCUGCUCAUCGUCCAAAAACACAGAAUUAUCCUACAGAUUAUGAUCUGUCCAACACAGUUAUCUUGUACUGGCGAUUUUAUAGACUGAUGGCAACGCCACUUUAGGGAUGGGUGCAGACUAUUUACAUGACUUGAUUUCGGCAUAUUAGUUUAAACUUCACAGAUGGUUUUCUCGCAGAAGAUUUUUCUGUACGUUGGUACAGUUUCGCACUAUCAUGUAAACACAAAACUUUGGUACACUAACUUACACGUCUACAUUGAAAUUUGCAUUGUGUCAAAUUAUAUUUUAUUACGAGGUACUCACGUAUUAACUUCAUAAUUAUUGACACACAAAUGAACUCUGAAGAAGAGAAUGUCUGAAUCUUGUAAUAUUUAUUCUAGAAAUAUGCACUCAUACUAUCCUCAUAACUACAAAUACAGUGUAGUAUUUUUUGUAUUUGCCU